AUGCUGAAACUGCGUUUCGGCUUGUUUUCACUUCUUUCACGGAGCACAUUACAGAAACCGAUUCAGAAUGCCUUUCCUCGGGCCAUUGUCGCGGCGUUUUCGACGGAAGCUUCAUCUGUUCCCAUUGAUGAAGGUGUCCAAGUCGGAAAACCAAAAGAAUUAAAUAUUCGAAAAUUUAAACCAAUUACUCCGGGUUUGCGACAUUUACGACAGUUGGUAAAUGAUCAUUUAUGGAAAAAAGGACCUCAUCGCGCCUUGACUGUGACAAAGCGGAAGACAGGAGGUCGUAAUCACACAGGAAAAAUUACAAUGCGGCACAUCGGUGGUGGGCAUAAGCAAAGAAUCCGUCUCGUGGACUUCAUACGGAAAAAGCCUGGCUCUCAACGGGUUUUACGGAUAGAGUACGAUCCAGGACGUAGUGCUCAUAUCGCACUCUUGGAACACUUCGAGACGAAAGAAAAAAGUUAUAUAUUGGCAUGUGAAGAUUUACGGGCAGGCGAUGUUGUUGAAAGUCUCACUCACUUGAAGAAACCAGCUUCCGGUGACAACAUCAUUCAAGGCCUUGACAAUGGUCAAUUUUUUGUCGAAAAAGUAAAGCGUGGAAACUGUUUACCUCUGUGGGCUAUACCAACCGGUACAGCUAUAUAUGGUAUCAGCCUCGAACAAGGAGGCAAAGCAAAAUUAUGUCGAUCAGCAGGCUCAUAUGGCCGCAUCACUUCCAUUUAUGACGACAAAUAUCUCGUAGUUAAGCUACAAAGUGGUGAAGAACGGCGCGUGCUCCAGACCGCGAGUGCCACUAUCGGUCGAGUAAGCAAUAUCAAUUGGCAGCACCGGAAACUAGGUAAAGCAGGACGGUCCCGCUGGCUCGGUAUUCGUCCUACCGUUCGUGGUAUGGCAAUGAACGCCUGUGAUCAUCCACACGGCGGCGGAGGCGGUAAGUCUAUCGGUAACAAACCUCCUCAAUCGCCUUGGGGUGUUCUAGCAAAGGGCUUUAGAACUCGGAAGGGAAGACAUAAAAACAAAAUGAUUGUCAAAGGUCGCCCUAGAGGAAAAAAGAAUAAGCGGUAG